UUUGUUUACAGUCAAAAAAAUCCUUGUGUUUACAGCAGAUGUGUUACUCAUGAUGGAUAUUAUCAGCUGUGUCCAACAACCAAGACAUCAAGAACAUCUCCACUACAAUGUGAACUCCUGGUUUCCCUGGGAAGACGGGAGAGAGCUGGGUGAAUGCAAUGCAGUGGUGCCCUGGCUGCUGGUGCCUGAUACAGGGACCAGGGCUCGGGACCUGAACGCUCGGGACGUGGACGCUCGGGACCUGGAUGCCCGGGACCUGGACGCCUGGGACCUGGACACCCGGGACCUGGACACCUGGGACCUGGACACUGGGGACCUGGACGCUCGGGACCUGGACGCCCGGGACCUGGACACUCGGGACCUGACUGCUGAUGCUGAGGAUCUGCUGUGGUUCUGA